UGAAUGUCGUGACUACUUCCGGAAGCAGUCGAUGUGUCUUUCUUUUCACUGUUCCGUUUGAUGGCGGAGUGGUAUUUCGUUUGUGGAGGAGAAAAUAUCAAAUAAGUGCUCCAUCGAAGUGGUAGAAUGAGUCUGUCCGCAGCUCGCCCUGUGGUCAGUGUGUACACUGACAAGAAUGAGGUGGUGAAAGACCACGAUGUGCCCCUGCCGAGCAUCUUCAAGGCUCCCAUCCGGCCGGACAUCGUGAACGAGAUCCACCAGCUGAUGCGCCGCAACCGUCGCCAGCCGUACGCCGUGAGCGAGGAGGCCGGCCACCAGACCUCCGCUGAGUCCUGGGGCACUGGUCGCGCUGUGGCCCGUAUCCCGCGUGUGCGCGGCGGCGGCACCCACCGUUCCGGCCAGGGUGCUUUCGGCAACAUGUGCCGCGGAGGCCGCAUGUUCGCCCCGACCAAGACGUGGCGCCGCUGGCACCGCAAGAUCAACGUGAACCAGCGCCGGUACGCCAUCGUGUCGGCCAUCGCGGCGUCCGGAGUGCCGGCUCUGGUGCAGUCCAAGGGUCACGUCAUCGACGGUGUGUCCGAGUUCCCACUGGUGGUGUCGGACAAGCUGCAGGAGGUGGUGAAGACCAAGCAGGCAGUGGUGUUUCUGCGCCGCAUGAAGAUCUGGGCUGACAUCCAGAAGGUGUACAAGAGCCAGCGCUUCCGGGCUGGUCGCGGAAAGAUGCGCAAUCGCCGUCGCAUCCAUCGUCGCGGUCCUCUGAUCGUGUACGCCAAGAAUGACGGCAUCAAGAAGGCCUUCCGCAACAUCCCCGGCGUGGACACGAUGAAUGUGUCCAAGAUGAACUUGCUGAAGCUGGCGCCCGGCGGCCAUGUGGGUCGCUUUGUUGUGUGGACCGAGUCGGCCUUCAAGCGGCUGAACAACAUCUUCGGCACGUGGGAGAAGCCGUCGACGCAGAAGAAGGGCUACAAUCUGCCGCAGCCCAAGAUGGCCAACACGGACUUGUCGCGCCUGCUCAAGUCUGAGGAGUUGCGUCGCGUGCUGCGUCGCCCGAGGAAGCAGCAGAAGCGUCACGUGCGCCGUCUGAAUCCGCUGAAGAAUGCUCGCGCUCUCGUGAAGCUGAACCCGUACGCCGAGGUGGUGAAGCGUCGCGCCAUCCUGGCGUCCGAGAAGCUGAAGCUGCAGAAGAAACUGGAGGCGUCCAAGGCGAGGAAGAAGCCGCUGUCCAAGAGGAACUACAUCGUGCGCACCCUCCGUCGCGACGAACUGCGCAAGGAGCAGCUGAAAAAGACGUGGGCCGCCAAGAAGGGUAAGGCACAGGCCGCUGCCAAGAAGAAGUAAGCACGCUCCCCUUCUCGACUAGCUCUGAUGCGCCCCACAUAACACCCCAUGGACGUGAAAUGUUGAGAAUAAAACGCCAUGGAAGAUAAA